UAUAGGCAUGUCUGCUGCGCUAGCUUAUCUAGCUUCGUCUGUACUACUCUCUCCUGCACUGCCUGCAGCUGCGUAUCUACUUACUACGCUAGCUGUCUACUUAUAUUAGCCGUAGUACUACUAGCUUCCACUAGAUCUGCCUGCUAUAUAGCCACUUAUCUACUGCCUAUUCUGCGCCGACUGCAGUUGUCGUAUACUGUAACUGCUUAA